AUGAUUGUCUCCGAAACUGUUGCUCAACAUAUUCUAUGUUUUAUUCAUAACAUUGAUCAACUAUAUGCCGUUUAUAUCUUUUGUGAUAAUAAAAUUGAUGAUGAACGAUGGAUACAAGAAUGGUGGAAAGUAAAAGGUAUUUACACACAAAUUAAAUCCAUUUGUGAAGUUCUUCCACAUGCGAUUAAACAAUGUGAUCAAAACUCUAUUUCAAUUAGCUUUAUUCCCAUCGAGGAAGAUGUAUCAGAUAAAAAUUUAGAUCAACUCGAUCCAACAUUUAUGUAUACACAAAUACUUAAAGAAAUUCUUUUUGAAACUCAAUACAACGAACAAUCUAUCAAAGAUUUCACUACUUACUGUCGAAAUAUUAAUUGUACUGAAAUGAAUACUAUCAAUAGAUUCGAACGAGAAUAUCAUUCUCAUACAUCCAUCUGGUGGUAUACAAGCGAAAAUUAUCUCUAUUCUAUGCUCAAUCGCGCUCUUCGCACUCUAGAAACGGAUGCAAUCAUAAAACUUGGAUUUUUCAUUAGUGAUCUUCAUAAAUAUAUCAAACAAUUACAUUCGAAACAAUUUAAUGCUAGUUCAUCACCAUCAUUUACUGUUUAUCGAGGACAAGCCUUAUCAAAAGUGGAAUU